AUGGCCCGCUGGCAUAUCUGGUUCCUCGAGCUCCUCCUCGUACCGGCGGCACACGUCCUCGUCGCUCCCUACACCAAGGUCGAGGAGAGCUUCACCCUUCACGCCGCUCACGACGUGCUUCGCUACGGCCUCUCUCCGGCCAACUGGGAAAGAUGGGACCACAGGACGUUCCCCGGCGCGGUCCCGCGUUCUUUCCUUCCCCCAAUUAUUCUUGGAUUACUCUCCUAUCCCAGCGCUGUCAUUGCGAGUGCGACAGGAAUCGUGACUACCUCGCUCGGAAUCCAGAUCAUCAUCCGCCUCACCUUGGUAGCAUGCUUCGCAGCCGCAUUCACCCACCUCGCGCGCACCCUCCAACGUCGCUUCAGCACAUCCACAGCCGACUGGUUCGUGGCUCUAACCCUCGCUCAAUUCCACAUUCCCUUCUACGCCGGCCGCACCUUGCCAAACUUCACCGCCCUUCCACUCGUCGUGCUAGCAUUCUCCCUCCUCCUUCGCGAUAGGCUAUGGUCCGGUAUCGCCCUCUUCACAGCGACUGCCACAGUAAUUCGGCUCGAAAUAGCUCUCCUCGCCAUCCCCACCGCACUCGCCCUCGUCAUCCAACGUCGCCUAUCCCUCCCCUCGGCCCUCAGCGCUGGAAUGGUCGGUGGAUUUGGAUCGCUCCUCGUCUCAGCCCCAUUAGAUUAUAUGCUCUGGGUCCCGACAUUACCCCAUCCCUCCCUCCCCGACUUCACGGCUUUACAUACAUUGUGGCCAGAACUAGCCGCCGCGCACUGGAACAUUGUCCAUGGCCACGCUGACGAAUGGGGCAUCAUGCCACCUACAUUCUACGCUAGCGCUUUAGUCAAGAUGCUCGCUGGUGCCGCCCCUCUAAUCCUCCUCGGCCUGGUUUGGGCCCUCCUCCUAGGAAUCACGGCGAAGACGGGACACGUGUUCGACAACGCAACCCUCCAACGUACCGUUGCCAGUGUAUCGCGUACCCUUGGUCCCGGAGUUGUGUCCCUCGUCGCCGUUCUAAGCAAUGUCGGACACAAGGAAUGGCGGUUUAUCGUGUACGCCAUUCCCGCACUCAAUAUCGUGGCUGCCGCGUGUGCCGCCGCCCUUGCGGCUCUUCCUACUCGCUCGUUAAGGAUGGUCGCGCGAUUGGGCUUGACUGGUCUGCUAGCAAUAACAGCCGCCUUCGCCCUCUUCUCGUCCUACGUCAGCACGCACAACUACCCUGGCGGCUGCGUCUGGCGCGCGCUUGAAGCGGCCCGCCUGCCCGAAGGUUCGGUAAUCCAUCUCCACAGCUACCCCCUCCAAACCGGUGCGAGCCUCUUCACUUUCCUCCGCUCCGACAUUACCUCCGCCGCAUUCCCACCACCCCAAGACGUUCAGUGGACAUACUCUAAAUCCGAAGACCCCGCCCUCCAAACUCCCCAGGGCGCGUGGCUGGGCGAUCUCGAGGCCGUGGUUACCGAACGGUGGCGCGAGUUUUCCGAGGCUGAGAUCGACGGGCAUCGGAUGUGGGCUCUUAUUGGGGGCUGUGAUGGCUUUGAUGGUGUUAGUAUGGGCAAGGGCGGGAUCGAGGUGCGUACGAGCCCCAAGAUCGGGUUGUUGCGCCGCCUCUAG